AUGAUUUCGAGAAGGAAUUCAAAAUAUGAGUCAAGGAGACAAAUGUUAUAUGAACUAUCUAAGAAGGCUGAACUUUAAGAAGUAACUUAAACUGUUUUAGAUGACAUGGAAGAUCUUCAAUAUUUAUAUAAAUCAUAUUCCUAGAAGUAUUUUGAUAGAAAAACUGUUGAAAUCUUAGGAGACGACCCUAUAUUAAAAGGAUAAAAACUAAUGUUCCUGAUCCUAAAUAGAGAUAAUUCAGACUCAAAGGAACGAAUAAGAAAGUCUUUAUUAAGUUUGCAUUGUUCAAAUUCUAUUUUCCCAGAAAUUAUUCAUUUUAUAAAAGUGGACAAUUAGAAUAUCUAAAUAAAAUAUUGUAAUGAACUCGAAAGAGAACUGCUUAAAUAUGAUUAGGAGAAAUAAGACAGAACAGAAACCUACAAUAAGAUGGAAGAAAGUUCUGAUCAAACCAUAAUUUUAAUACACUUGCUAUGUUUAAAACAUAGUAUCUCAAACUAAUAAGAUUUUCUAUAAUAUUUCAAUAAUUCAAAGGACUACUAAACAAUUAAGGAUCUCUAUGCUAGGUGUCAAGAAUUAGACUUUGAUUAUUUAGAGAAAAAUACUCAAUCUAUCGUACAUAUAAUUGCAGACUUUUACUAAUUACUUUCAACAUAUUGUUAGAUUAUUAAACCUAGAUAAGAAAAAUGUACAAAACUGAUCUUUAGAGUUUUACUUCAAUUAUUGUUGUACUAGAAUAUUGUCAUACCUGAAUUACUUAGAUUUAUGAAGAUAAUUAGAAGUAGCUCGCUUUAGAAUGUUUAGCAGAACUGUGGAAUGAUUGUACUUAAACCUACAGUUAAACUUUUAACAUAGAUGAGUUAAGUUCCUUAAAUCAGUAAUUAGGUCGAAUUAUUGAAAAUAGAAUAAAUCAAUUUUAAUUCUAAUCUACCAAAUUAUGAACAAUUUUACCUGUAGGUUUUGACACAUUUCCCAUAUAUUUUGUAAAUCGAUACACAUUAAAUUCUUGUGAACUAUCUCGAAAAACUAACUUAAGAUUGCAAUAAACAUAUUGUAGUUCUUGAAGAAAUUUAUUUGAAUACUGAAUUUUCAUAAAUGAUGGAACAGAUCGAUAAAAUUUGUGGAGCAUAGAUUAAAUCAAUAAUGAGUUCAGAUGGGAAUUCAGAAGAUGAAUUUGAAGAUUAGGGAACUAAUUUAUUGAAAAUAGGAACUAUGUUAUUUAGAUUGAGAGAAAAGGUAUUUUAGAAUAACCACUCAGCAAAACUUAAAUAAAUUAAUGACCUUACUGUGAAAUUUAAGAAAUUCCUAUAACAUGAAACAGAACAGGAAAGAUCCUUUCCAUAAUUACUAAAAUAUAUUAAUUGCAACAAGAAUGAUUUAUAGAUUGAUAUAUCUGAUAAUUAUGACUAAGAAUUAUUGGAAGAUCCAAGAUUUUCAGAUUUCUUAUAGAAAUGUGACAAUAAUGAAAUUCAAGUUGAUUUUGAAAAAGGAGAGAAUGAAAAUGAAAUUCUUUUAAAUUAAAUAAAGUUAAUUUAUCAUCAAAGGGAAUAAAGUUUGGAUUAGUUGAAAUAAUUAAAUGGCAAUUAACAUUGUGAUUAAUUGAUGAAGGAUUUGUAGAAAAGCGAAUUGCAGCACAAAGAAUACCUUGUCAAACUUUUAGUGUGCAUACAAUACUAGAUUUAUUUAUGA